AUGCAAGAUUGCGGCAAGCCUGCCACGUCCAAGGACAAACUGUACCCCCCAACCCGGAGGUCGUGGCCCCUACACGAUCCUCGACUCGAGCCGUUCAGGGAGAGUGGUUACUAUAUCUGUUCCUCGCACAGAUGUGACACCAAGGAGAAAGGAGAGUUUUGCAGGGACGUUGUCAAGGACGCCACUUGGCCGGUCAGCUUCUCCAAGUGCAAUCAUCACUUGGCACAGGCCAUUCGUAGGAAAAAACCCAAACCCACGAAAGGUUCCAUUGAUGUGUCGUCAUCUUCGUCGGUAACUCAACCUGCCGCGAUGUCACCUUGCGUGUCGUCGACUACCGAUCAACCGGCCGCUUCCACCUCCGCCGCAGUCUCUACCGCUCAACCUACUAUAUCUCCCAGCCCUAAUCAAUUCGGCCCAUCUCCGAUCGUUCAACCUCAUGCAGCUUCGACAGCUCGCUCCACUAUCUCGCCUAUCUCUGAAUCCUUCACGUUGCCUACCACUACCGGUUUCCCACAACGCCCGUCCCCUCGCUCAGCUUACAUUCGCCAAACGAGCUCUCCUACCCCGUCGAGUUACAUCUCUCCUUCCCAUACGCUCCCUGUUCCAGUUAUCAAACCCGCCGAUUUGUACGGAUCGACGAGACCGGAGGCAGGAGGGGAGGCGGGUAUCAGGCCGGACGAGAGAUCGUCGGCAUUGGGAUCGGGCGACAUUGGUAUCGAGGACCGGGAGGAGCUGGCCGACAGGGAGAGAGAGUUGACAGCCACAGUAGACCACAAAGUCAAUCGGGAGAAAGAGCUGGUCGCAACGAUCGAUCAGAUGGUCAAUAAGGAAAAAGAUUUAAUGGCGACAAUCGACCGGAUGCGUAGGGAGCUUGCUGAAAAGGACGGACAGAUGAUCACGAUUCAGAGAGAACAUCUCGAGCCAACACAGAGAUUGAACGAUGGAUGGAGGGAGACCACAGCGAGGCUUGGCAAAGCUGAGGCCGACCUUCAGGCCGAACGCGCGAAACUCGAGCUCCAAGCGGUUCAACAGCAACUUGCCAUGGCGCAACGAGAGAUCCGGCCCCUACCUCGAGCCAAAAAGGAGACGUAAUCGUUGCCUUUUCACCCCCAAGUCCGAUCGACUGCUCACGACCUCGAACCCUACGUAUUAUACAAUCUCUGAAUCCACGACGCCACGACAUUCAUGACAAGCCAAGAAGUCCUACCGACCAACGGCUUCUUCUACCGUCGACUCCCUACAUCAAUUUGCCUGUGCAUAUGAU